GACUUGGAAUUGGGACUGGUCAAGGCUUGGUUUUGUCUAUCAGAUGGUUCAGAUAAGAUAUUUCAGUGCCACCCGUUUAAGUUGCAGUAUUGGAUGCAUCUUCUUUUGCAACACUACAAUAAGCUUCAAAGCAAAGGAUAUCAAAAAGAAACAGAAGAAUGGUAAGCUUGAACUGCCUUUCCAUUAACAAACUUCAAAUUCUUGCCUCCACAAACAAAACUUCUUCACCUUCCACAUCUCAUCAAGGCAGCCCCCCUAAGCGUUCACAUCCCACAAUAGACACUGGCAGUAGUUCCCCAACAACAUUACAGCCACCAUCAAUACCAAGGCUGAAGCAGAAGAGAAAGCAGAAGCAACCAUCAAUUCUGGAGAUUGAAAGAGCCGUCAGUGCAGGCAGUUUUAGAGACACAGAACCCGUCAGGGACCCAAAAGAGAAGAUGUCCCUGUUUGGUACCCCCAUGUCAACUGAAAGCCCUGUGGAGAAGCAACUACGUGAGACAGGGGAGUGGAUUGCUGAUAAAACGGAAGCCUCAUUUCGCUCUGCUGGGAAGCCAAUUCUGAUGUUUACAUUUCAAUGGAUGCUACCUUUGUGGCUUUUUGCAUUCUUCGUGGCUUCUGGGAUCAUAAAGCUUCCAUUUGACACCCCUUUGCUUGAUGACUUCAUUAUGUGAUAAAGCUUACUCUCCUCUGUAAAAUUGAUGAAAUGCAGUUCUACGCUCCAUACCUGGCUGACUAAAAAAUUCACAUUUUGAAAGUCCAUAAAGCAUCAUUUAGGUCUUCAGUAACCACUUCUACUAAAACUGCAACUAUGUUGCAAAGAGCCAGAUAUGUCUGUAUAUAUAUAUAUAUAUAUUGUGCUGAGUUUCACCUUCAUGUAAUUCAACUCCAUUUGUAGUAUUAGUAUACCUCAUUCUAGUGGAAAAAUCAUAUCUAUAACUCCCUUAGUAGCAUC